AUGGCCAUGACCGCCGAGGAGGAUCCAGAGGAAGCAGCGGCGUGGGCUGCCUUGCGAGAAGCCUUUGGGGAGCCCGGAAGUGCCGGAUCCCGGCCUCGAGAUUCGAGCAGGACUAGCCCCAGCUCACCGACAAGACCCACAGUGAACAACGCUUCCGGUCUCAAAAUCCAGCCUGCUGUUUCCAGGUCAAGGAAUGGCGCCACGAGCGGACGACAAGGUCGACUGCGAGAUCACGACGGUGCGCAAGACUCCGCGGGUCAUUGGCUUCAAGCCGAGGUCGAUCGACUGGUUGGGGAGGUUCAGCGCGUUGCUGGACAGCCUUUCUCGGCCAAGUUGAUACAAGCGCUGUGGCGAUUACCUCUGGAGGAACAACAAGAUGCGCUGCUGGGAGCCUGCGCGCUGAGCUGCAGAGGUGACGACACCGUUUGGCAGGUGUUGGCAGAUGAGGUGCAUGCCAGGGGUGACAAGCACUCGUUGGGUCCGGCGCCAGCUCCGCCAGGAUCUCGGCAGCUCAAGAAGACGAAAGGCCCGUCUUCUCGCCCGCGCUCUCGUUCACGAUCGCCCUCGAUUUGA